AUGCUCCUCAACCGAGUCUGGCCGCGACUUGCGCGCAAUCUUUGCACCUCGUCAGCCCGCUACUGGACUCUCGAGACUCUGCAGGAUGCUAGCAUCGACACCUUCCGACAAAAAUGCUUCGUGCCUGAACGACCGGCCCUCCUCCCGCGCUCUCAUUUCCGUGACCUACCCGCUGUGAAACAUUGGUUCGACUCCACGAAUCGCUUGAACGUGGAGUACCUACAAACCCAUGCCGCCGAUGCGUUUGUGCCGCUCGAGCUCACAGAGCUCGCCGCAGAAUCACUACGAGGCGAAACAACCACGGGCACACAGGUCGCGACAGUUCUGAACUUCCGACAAUUCCACGCGCCGCUCACACUCUUCCUGGAUUGGAUGUGCAUGGCAGAGACGUCCCCGCAGUCAACCCGGCUCUACCUAGCCCAGUGCCAGCUCCUCGACCUGCCUCUCGCCCUGCGACAGGAUUUCCCUACCCCCGAGCUUGUCGCGCAAGCAGGCAAAGGCGAUGUGUACGACACCAAUGUGUGGAUUGGACAUCCGCCUACAUACACCCCGCUCCACCGCGAUCCCAACCCGAACCUCUUCGUGCAGCUGGCCGGUCAUAAGGUGGUGCGACUAUUGCCCCCGGCGGACGGACAGGCUUUGUUUGCUUCGGUGCGGCGGCAAUUAAACCAGAGCGGGGAUCGCGAGGCGGCGGCCUUCCGGGGAGAGGAGAUGAUGCAGGGCCAGGAGCGAGCACUGUUGGACAAGAUGGUCUGGGAUGUCCCGGUUUCUGCCGGUUCAGAGACGGGAACGGGGUUUGAAGCGCAUGUGGGAGCUGGAGAUGGCCUGUUCAUUCCUAAGGGCUGGUGGCAUGGUAUUAAAGGCAUUGGAGAGGGCGUGACAGCUUCGGUGAACUGGUGGUUCCGCCUUUUGGGACUCGGUGGAUAUCCAUUCCGCUCCACCGAGUUCUGCUCCAACACCUCAAAAUCCCCAAUCAACCACCGUCGUAAGAGCAGCAUGCUGGUCUCCCGCGCCUACCGAGCCGCCCUCCUCCAUCUCAGCGUGAACCCAAUCCUCACACGAGCAUCGGCCCCCUCAACAGGCGCACUUGCGCAUCUCCCCCAGACCCCAGCGACGCGACUAUCGACGAUCCUGUUCCCGCAGUGCGCAAUCUCCAAAUCCGCAGAACCCAUCCGCAUAGCGCACACAAUGGCCGGGUCCAACUCUGCCUUACCCUCCAAUUCUAAACCAGACACCCACGAGUCGCAGCCCCAAGAGUCACAGCAACAGCAAGACGACCAGCAUCUCUACCUCCCGGCGAAAGAGUCCAAUGAGAAUGACUCGCAGGGCCAGCACCGGCUCGAGGUCGAUGGCUCGGCGGCUAAACUCGACCACCUGGGCCCGAUGGUGGUGAAUGUGGAUGGGACAUUGUCGCGGAUCUCGAAUUGGGAGCAAAUGACGGAGAUGGAGCGCAAGACUACGCUGCGGGUGCUGGGGAAGCGGAAUAAACAGCGGUUAGAGGCGUUGAAAGCUGCUGGGGGAGAGGGCGAGUCGAAGUGA